CACAAAGAUGGCAAAUGUAAUUAAAAUGCUGGAGGCGGGCAGCCCUAUCACAUGUUUACGUACCGCGCGGCUGUAGGUAUUUAUUUCAAAAAUACGGCCGAGUUACAAUACUGCUUGUAUAUAUUUUUACUGUGGCAAUGUGUUUGUUAAUGUGUGUAAAAAUUACGCGUGUGUGUAUUGCGAGUCAAAUUUAUAGUUGUGUGUAGUGUAUGGACACAGAAUAUACUUAAUGGUGUUAAAUGUUUUCGAUGUGUGAGUUUACCUCGUCCCCCUCAAAAAAUGACAGACUUUUUUGUUGGUGAAUUUGGGUGCGAACCGCGUCCAGGUAUUAAUGGUCUAAGAUUCUAUCAAAGAAUCCUUCUACUCUAUGCCUUGGAGUAUACUGCUCAAAAGAGCUAGAACCCAGAGCUGUAAAGCUCAUUAUUAAAAAAAUAUAUAUUCUUUGUGUAUUAUACUCACAAACGGCUAAAAAGAUACUACUCUAUGCUUUGUACUCUAUGUUUUUUUUUGUUUUGUUUACCAACGUACAUAAAAUAUCAUAAAUAUUUAAAUAACGUAACUCGUUGGUUUGAGGUUCCUUAAAAAGUGAUACAUCUGGCUAAAAGCCGAUUAUGCUAUAAAAUCACGUUCCACUAAAGAAAAAUAUUAGAAAAUAGAAAUUCGUGGUUAAAACUUCCAAGGCGAGAUCCAGCAGGUAGUCCAAUUAAUAUUCAGAGAAGACCAUUUUGAUGUAAGUAUUGAUAAAGCAUGUCAACUACUGAUGAAGACGAGAUGCAAGAACUGGUUCCAUCGGGGGAAGAGGACUCUCAGUCGGACUCCAGCGAGGAGGACGACGUGAUAGUGCUGGACACGUCCUCUGACGAGGACGCCGGCGUUUCUGAGCAGGUGGACGUGUCGCGGCGCGCGAAAUCCAGCGUGUCGCAGCAGGCGGGCGCGUCGCGGCGUGCGAAAUCCAGCGUGUCGCAGCAGGCGGGCGCGUCGCGGCGCGCGGAAUCCAGCGUGUCGCAGCAGGCGGACGCGACGCGGCGUGCGAAGUCCAGCGUGUCGCAGCAGGCGGACGCGUCGCGGCGCGCGAAGUCCAGCGUGUCGCAGCAGGCGGACGCGUCGCGGCGCGCGGAAUCCAGCGUGUCGCGGCGCGCGAAAUCCAGUGUGUCUCGGCGCGCGAAAUCCACCGUGUUGCAGCAGGCGGACGCGUCGCGGCGCGCGGAAUCCAGCGUGUCGCAGCAGGCGGACGCGUCGCGGCGCGCGGAAUCCAGCGUGUCGCAGCAGGCGGACGCGUCGCGGCGCGCGGAAUCCAGCGUGUCGCAGCAGGCGGACGCGUCGCGGCGCGCGGAAUCCAGCGUGUCGCAGCAGGCGGACCCGUCGCGGCGCGCGGAAUCCAGCGUGUCGCAACAGGCGGACGCGUCGCGGCGCGCGGACGCCGGCGUUUUGAAGGACCUGGACGAGCGACUGGCCGCUAUAAGGAGGCUUGUCGCGCCGAUGGACGGCGUCACCCGUAAAAUAGCCGUCGUGGCCCCGUACAUGCAGAACGGCGUGGUGCUGGACGGAAGCAGCAGCAGUUCUUUAAUGCACUCUUCUCCGCCGCCCUCUACAUCCCUGGUCUCCCCGCCGCUCCCUAGGCCUCUUUCCCCAUCCUACUCCCCGCCCCUCCGGCCGCCCACUAUGUCUUUUUCCCCGGCCUCCCCGCCGCCCUCCGCGUUAGUUACCUCGUCCCCUGCGUCACCCGUGAUGUCUUACUCCCCGUACUCCCCCUCUUACUCACCGCCCGAGCCCGCGCCGAUGCGCACGCCGGGGGGUCGGCGAGCAUCGCGCACGUCGCGGGCCCGUCCUAGGUCGGACAGGCGUAGGGCCCGCCUGAGGCUGCGCUUCGGGCCCUAUACACCGCAGCACCCCGCGCCUGCGGUCGCCCCGACUGAGUUGCCGUGGGCGCAUCUGGACCCGCGUCUCACGCCGCACGUCGGGCCGCCUUCCCCGCCGCCCUCCCCGCCGCUCCCCCGCUGAACCCGAGCUGUCGAUAGAGAGCAAUAGGGAUGAUGACAGUUUUUUUUUAAUUUUAUGUAAAGUAAGUGUAUGCUUAUAGUAAAGCAAUUUUGUAAAAGUAACAGGGUAUCUGCGAUCAUUACUUUCGGAGCUGCAGGGAUUUAAAGGGUCAGAUUUUCGGCGCUGGCACGGAUCCCUAAACAACGCCCCAUACAAAAUGGCACGAACUAAUGACGUCGUAGGUAAAGUAAUGAUCGUUAGAUCUCUAUGUGCGUUCAAGCAAAAUUACUAAUAUCUUGGCUAUUUGUGCGUUUAUGGUCAUAGUUUAUAGUAUAUAUUAAAAAAUGUCGCAUUUAAUGUAAGGAAGCUAAAACUAUGAAUUUUCAUCUAAUUAUGAUAAAAGAUUUUUAAUAGGUUUUGAAAUUUUAUAAUCUCAUUUAUUUUGCAAAUAUCCAGACAAUCUUUGCUUUUUAUGUAUAAAUUAGUUAACAUUGACCUUAUUUACCGAAUGUAUCAUAAAAAUCAAUAUAUUCAAACCUAGUCAUCAUCCCCAUUGGCGCUCCUACCUGCCGGGCGGCCGGCUCGCGGCGCAGGCGUCGUGUGAACUUUGAUUUGAGUUUUUGUUAAUUGUAUAAAUUAAAAGUAUGCUUAUUAGCAUUUUUUUUUUAUGUAAAGCAAUUUUGUAAAAGUAACAGGGUAUCUGCGAUCAUUACUUUCGGAGCUGCAGGGAUUUAAAGGGUCAGAUUUUCGGCGCUGCCACGGAUCCCUAAACAACGCCCCAUGCAAAAUGGCACGAACUAAUGACUUCGUAGGUAGAUCUCUAUGUGCGUUUAAGGGUUAUUAUGAUUGCUUAUUAUGAUUGAAUACAUUUGUGCAAAAGGAAAUCUCUUUAUAUUUAGUUUAAAAUAUAAUUACUUGCAACUAUGUACCUACUUGUCAAUACUAGAAGACUACUCAAUAUAAGCAGGUCGAUUAGCGAUAUUCUUGGCUGUUAAAGUAAAAAAAAAAAUAUUGGGAAACAGCUACCUGUUUUUUAAAUAAUUAGAUAGGAGUGCCUACCUCUGUCCAAAUUAUAAUAAGUAUAGCACAUUUGCUAAAGUCAAUAACAUUAAAUUUCUAAUUGUAUACUUAUAUAAAGAUACUUAUUAAGUCUUUUUAGAAUAUGAUCAAUUGUUAAGUUAUAAUGAAUUAUUAAUUCUCGUUCAUUUAAAUUACGUCUAUUUUCUAUUAAAAUAGAGGUAAUUUUAAUAGUAUUCAAAAUAGUAGGUUUGUACUUACUACUGUCAAACGAAUCACUAUUUUGACAAAUUUUAGUUACAAUGUACAUAAGUCUGCGUUAGGUAAACAUGUGUUCAAUAUAGUUUCUAAGGCCUGUACCGGUAAUACCUAAUAGUAAUAUUUAUGAAUAAAGUAUUAUUAUAAAUGACAUACAGACUGACAAAGUAUCUAAUCAAGUUGUACCUCAUAUGUUUGGGGCAGACUAUAAACCUUAAAACCUACUCCUAGCUCUAAAACAUUUUAUCAAAUAAGAGGUGUUAUAAGUAAGGAAUAACUAUAAUAAUAGGGGAGCUGAAGAGGAGAUUUUUGCAGUUACUCGAGCGCGGCAAAUAAACUUAUAAGAGUAUACUUUGCACGUUGUUGAGUACCUCCACCAAGUAUGAGCCCUUAAUGUUUGUGGGUACGUUUAGGGCAACCAAAAAAAAAACUAACUUUAGAAAUACUCAACCAGCACGUCAGAUUAAGAUGAGGUAGGUGAGUUGAUAGCUAAAUACUGCACAUUUCGAAAAACUGACGAUUUGAGCGUAACGUAAUGUAAUGGAAUGCGAGGGUUUCAAAGUUACAAAAUAAAACCCUUAUAAUUUAGCUGGUGGGAGGCUUCGGCCGUGGCUAGUUACCACCCUACCAACAAAAACGUACCGCCAAGCGAUUUAGCGUUCCGGUACGAUGUCGUGUAGAAACCGAAAGGAGUGUGGAUGUUCAUCCUCCUCCUAACAAGUAACAAGUUAGCCCGCUUCCAUCUCAGAUCACAUCAUCACUUACCAUCAGGUGAGAUUGUAGUCAAGGGCUAACUUGUAAAGAAUAAAAAAAAAAAAAAUUCUUAUUUUAACGAACGCGAUUAUUUUUUUACUUAUUUUGAAGAAAAUAACCUACUAAUUAAUCGCAAAAAUUUCUGACAAUUUCAGUAAGCCGAAAUAAUAACAAUUGCUUUUAAAGUCUGUAAUUUUUUUUCCACCGCCAAAGCGAAAAAAGUAAGUAACCAUUUAUUCUACCAAAUGCAAUCAGGCCCCAUGACGCUCGAGUAACUGCAAAUUUAGCAUCCCGGGCUCCUAUAAGUAGUAAUAACUUGUAAUAUAGUACUUUUACUAUACUUUGUUUUUUAUUAUUUUUUAUUACAUGUACUUUAAUAUAUAUUUUCGGCCAUUUAGUUAAAUAUGUACAUUUUUUAAUGUAAAUAAUUAUAAAUAUGUACAUCUGUUUUAAUAAUUAAAUUAUUAAUCUGUAAAUAAAAAAACGAUGUUGAUUCUUUAUUUACACAACACACACAACGCAUGGUUCUUUUGGACAGGGUAUUUUUGAUGUACCUACUAUGUUUAUGCUUGUGUUGACAAGUAAUUUGUUUUUUUUAUUUUAGAAAAUUUAUAAACUUGUAUUUGUGUAAGUUCAUUGUUUGUAUUUCAUAAUUCAAAAUUCAUUUAUUUCAUGUAGGCUCAGUUUACAAGCACUUUUGACUAUUUGUAAAGAUUUUACCACCGGUUCGUAAGGCAGGUUCUGCUGAGAAGAACCGGCAAGAAACUCAACAGUUGCUCCUUAAAAAAAUAAUCAUACAGUAUUAUAAUUUACAAUAAUAGGGGUGAUGACAGUUUUUGUAUAUAAAUUAGGAGUAUACUAAUAGUAAAGCAAUUUUGCAAAAGUAACAGGGUAUCUGCAAUCAUUACUUUUGGAGCUACAGGGAUUUAGAGGGUCAGAUUUGCAGAGCUACCUUGGAUCCCUGAAAAACGCCCCAUACAAAAUGGCACGAAUUAAUGACGUCAUUGGUCAUAAUGAUCGUUAGAUUUGUAUGGGCGUUCAUACAAAAUUACUAAUAUCUUUGUUAAUAUGUUUAUAGUUCAUAUAUUGAACAAUGUCACAUUUAAUGUAAGGAAGCUAAAACGUUAAAUAUAGUUAAUGGAUAAUGAUAUUCAUUCCCAAUUAAUUUCGUUCUUCGAAACCAAAAAACAUAUGAUGGUAGACAAAUUGCGUUUUAAUAAUAAUAUUUAUUAUUUUUC